AUGGAUUUGAGCAGCUUGGCCCAGUUGCAGACGGAGGGGGUCAACCCUCGAACAAUACACAUUGAUCGCAUGUCGACACUGGAGAUGUGCACGGUCAUCAACUCGGAUGACCACAGAGUAGCGGAAAGUGUCAAGGUCUGCCUGCCGGAGAUUGCUGGAGCGAUUGACGCUCUGGCACCACGCGUACGUCGCGGUGGCCGAGUUGUGUAUGUCGGAGCGGGAACUAGUGGAAGACUUGGGAUCUUGGAUGCUUCAGAGAUCCCACCAACUUUUGCUGCUCCACACUCCCAGUUCGUUGGCAUCAUUGCUGGCGGAGAUGCGGCUAUCCGGCAAGCGCAAGAGGGCGCCGAGGAUAACGCACAAGCGGGCGAAGAUGACCUGAAGCGCCUGAGCCUUGACCCAGAGCUUGAUAGCGUCAUUGGAAUCGCGAGUUCAGGCCGGACGCCGUAUGUUCUAGGAUGUCUUACCUUUGCUAAGCGGUUAGGCUGCGUCACGAUUGGCGUGGCAUGUGCAUCACCCUCAGCAAUGGGCCGCUCGGGCGAUGUGGACUUUCUCAUUGCUCCGGUUCCAGGGCCAGAGGUUGUGACUGGCAGUACGAGACUAAAGUCGGGCACGGCGACGAAGUUAGUCUUAAACAUGCUAAGCACAGGCACGAUGAUCCGAGUGGGCAAGACCUAUGGCAACAUGAUGGUCGAUAUGGUGGCAUCUAAUCUGAAACUGGAACAGCGAUCGCGAAAUAUGCUGCGUCGUCUUAGUCCCAAGUGCAACUCUAUGUCGGAUUCGGAGCUAGAUGCACUUCUUGUCCAGUCCAAACGUAGCGUCAAGCUUGCGAUGCUUGUUGCCGAGACUGGAAAGACGGUGGAGGUCUGUCAACAGCACUUGGACGCGGCUGGGGGCGUGUUGGCUGGUGCAUUGGAUGAAGCGUGUCCGCCCACUCGGAAUCUGCCUUUCAAGGAAGAAGAUGCAAAGCGAUUUGUGUUGUGCAUUGAUGGCGGGGGCAGUAAAUGUGCUGCGGCCAUUGCUGAUGAUUCUGGCAAUACAAGUCAUGGCUACGCUGGUCCCUGUAACCUGACUGACGGGAUAGGGAAUAUUCCCGGAAUAGUGGCUACUUUGAUUGGUGCCACCAAGAACUCGCUCAAGGAACAUCUGCCGAGUGGCACGGAACCCAGUGAUGCAGAGUGGAAGCAAUAUCUCAGAUCUUAUUUCCGCUCCGUUUGGGUCGGCCUUGCAGGCCUGGACCGUGCUGGACUACAUGAAACCUUAGCCCCGGCGCUGGCGGAGAUUUUCGGACUUGAUAACACCACUCCCAACUUCCGGCUGACGAGUGACGUUGACCUACUUCCCGCGUCAGUUUCUGUAGACAAGAAUCAACCUUCCGUACUUGUCGUUAUAGCGGGUACUGGAAGCGUCGCCAUGCGGUAUGCUUGGACGGAAGACCGGGGAUAUACCCGCGUGGCCCGUUCAGGUGGCUGGGGCCACAUGCUGGGUGAUGAAGGUGGAGGGUAUUCUAUUGGGAUCGAGGCCAUCAAGCACACGCUCCUUGUUCUGGAAGAGCAGACUUUAGGUCUUCGACCUCAAGGGCUGGCCAAGCUCGAGAAUGCUGUGAUCAGCCAGCUAGGUUGUGCAGCCUCGAAGGAUGGCAGCAUUGAUCUUCUGAGCGAACUGUUGUCUGGCCAUCACCAAGAGACUGUCAAAACUCGUAUCGCCCAGCUGGCUGAGACUGUCCUGGAGCUGGCAUCUCACGACAAGACUGCCGAGGCAAUUGUGAAGAACCAAACAGCUCACCUGGUCAGCAAGACGCUGGGAAGACUGACAGACCCCAAAAGCACUGGCUAUGCAGCAGCGCCAGAAACCGAAUUGGUGCUCGCUGGUGGAUUGAUGAGAAACCAAGGUUAUCAGUACGCUCUGACAGAGCAGUUGGAUCAGCAGGGACUACAGUUCCAAGGAAUUCUCAUAGUGGACGACGUUGCUGCGGCGGGAGCUAAGUUUUUGUUGGAGAGAAAAGGGUGA